CCUCGUUCUUCUUCUGUUCCAUUUCACCCUUUGUUCCAUUCGACUAUUACAGCAGCAACAAAGUGUACUGCCACCACGCUGAGUUGAAGCCUGUUCUUGCAUUCGUGUGAAUGUGCCAUCUAGAGCUAAUGCUCGUGAUGCUUUUCACUUUGUUCAUUUUUAUCAUUUUUUCACUUCAUCAACCUUCUCUUCCAUUCUCCUGUUCAUUAUUGAGGUUCGAGCAGUACUUGUCGGCUGCCUCAGUCGACCCUGGCGGGGGUGCUGCGAGAUCUGCCAAUGACCAUUUGGCUGCUUUGUGAGCUUUGCCUCUUGACUCUUCUUGGAUACCCAUAAUUUCUAAUCACUGUGUGAUGCUGUCCCCU